AUGGAUCAACAAUAUAUUGCUGAAUUAGAACAAACUUUAAGUGUUGUUGUGGUUCCAAACAACGCUAAUUUGAAAGAUGCCACUAAUUUAUUGACAAAAAAAUUUUAUUCAGAACAAAGAAGUUUACCGGCUUUGAUUCACAUUUUACAAACCAAUCAAUCUAAUGAAUUAAGACAAUUAGCUGGUAUUGAAGCCAGAAAAUUAGUUUUCCAAUAUUGGAAGCAACUAGAUAUUAAUACCCAAAAUGAAAUUAAAACUUCAUUGUUGAACAAAGUGUUUGCAGAACAAAAUAACAUGGUUCGUCAUUCUAUGACUCGUGUUAUUGCUGCCAUCGGUAAUGAAGAGAUUGAUGAAAAGAAGUGGCCAGAGUUGGUUCCAAAUUUGAUCCAAGUUGCCUCUGCUCAAGACCCUCAGGCUAGAGAGACGGCAUUGUUUAUAUUAUUCACUUUAUUGGAAGGCUUUAAUCCAUCUUUAUCUUUAUAUAAUGAUGAUUUAUUAAAUUUGUUUUCUAUCACUAUAUCUGAAAACCCAGCUUCCACUUUAGAAUCUAGAUCUCUAUCUGUCCAGUCUGUUAACUUGGUCGCUCAAUUAAUUGAAGAACAAGCUCAAAUAGAUCAAAACCAGGUGGCUAAAUUCACUAGUUUGAUUCCAUCUGUUGUCGGUGUUUUAGAAGCUGUAAUCAAAGCCGAUGAUGCCGUCAAUACUAAAUUAAUUUUCAAUUGCUUAAAUGACUUUUUGCUAUUGGAUUCCCAGAUGACUGGCAACGAAACUAUCAUAGAUUUAAUUAAACUAGGUAUUCAAAUUUCUACUAAUGUUCAACUUGAUGAAGAGGUUAGGACUUUUGCUAUUAGAUUCUUAAUUUCUGCCUUAAGUUACAGAAAAACUAAAAUCUCACAAGCCAAAUUAGGUCCUGAGCUUACUUUAGCUGCUUUGAAAAUUGCUUCUGAGGAAAUUGAUGUUGAAGAAGAAUUAAAUAAUGAAGAUGAAGCUGCUGAAAAUGAGGAGGACACUCCAUCCUUAUUAGCUAUUAGAGUAAUUGCAUUUGCCUCCUCUGAACUACCUCCAUCCCAGGUUACCCAAAUUAUCAGUUCUCAGUUAGCUAGCAUGUUGCAAUCUUCCAACCAGUUUGAAAGAAGAGCCAUACUAUUAGCUAUUUCUGUUUCUGUCACUGGUUCACCAGACUAUAUUUUGUCUCAAUUAGAAAAGAUUGUCCCAGCUACUUUGAAUGGUUUGAAGGAUCCUUCUCCAAUUGUUCAAUUAGCUGCUUUAAGAUGCAUUGUUCAAUUAACUACUGACUUACAAGGUGAAGUCGCUAAAUACCAUGAGCAAUACCUACCACUGAUUAUGGCUAUCAUUGACAAUGCUAAAAGCAUCGUUAUUUAUAAAUAUGCUACUACGGCAUUAGAUGGAUUAUUAGAGUUUACUGCUUACGAAGACAUUAGUAAAUAUUUGGAACCAUUGAUGAACAAGUUGUUCCAUAUGUUGGACACUAACCCAUCUUCUAAAUUAAAGGCUGCUAUUGUUUCUGCCAUUGGUUCUGCUGCAUUUGCCGCUGGUACAGCUUUCACACCUUUUUUUAAAACCUCUGUUGAAUACUUGACUAAAUACAUCCAGAACAGUGGUAACAUUGAAGGCAUGUCGGAAGACGAUAUUGAGUUAAGAGCUUUAACUUUUGAAAAUAUUUCUACUAUGGGUAGGGCUGUUCGUUCCCAAGCUUUUGCUGAAUUUGCCGAACCAUUAGUCAACUCCGCUUAUGAGGCUGUGAAAACAGAUUCUGCUAGGUUGAGAGAAUCUGGGUAUGCAUUCAUUGCAAACAUGGCUAAGGUAUACGGGAAAGAUUUUGCUCCAUUUUUGAAAACCAUUAUGCCCGAAAUUUUUAAAACUUUGCAACAAGCAGAGUAUGACUUUAAUUUUGAAGAUGGCGAGGAAGUUGGUGAUGGAUUGACCGAAGAAGAUUUAGUUAAUAAGUUUACCGUUAACACUGGUAUUUCUUAUGAAAAAGAAGUUGCUGCUGCCGCUUUGAGUGAACUAGCCAUCUCGACUAAAGAAAAUUUCUUAGAAUAUGUUGAGCCAUCUUUGGAAAUUUUGAAACAACAAGCUGAAGAAUCUUAUGGUUUGAAAGAAACUGCAUUGAAUACUUUGUGGAAAGUUGCAAAAGCCGUUUUACUAACCGGGAAUGCCCAAGUUGAAGAUAAUUAUCCAAAAGGUGUUCCAGCUACUUAUUAUAUUGACACUUCUUCUUUAGCUGUUAUUCAAACAGUAAGAGAGACUUGUAUUGAUAGUUUAGAAGACGAAUUUGAAACUUCUGUUGUUAUUGUUGUUUUAGAAGAUUUUGGUGAGAUGCUAAAGAAAUUUGGUGCCAUUAUUAUUGCUGAUAGCAACAACACUUCAUAUUUAGAAAAAUUGUGUUUGACUGUGCUACAGGUUUUAAAAGGUUCACAUACUUGUCAAACAAUUGAUUAUGAGGAAGAAGGUCAAAAAGCCGAACUGGAAGAUCCAGAAGAAUUAGACGCUUCUGAAACCGAAGCCACUUUGGUAGACGUUGCUUUGGAAGUUUUGGUUGGUUUGGCUUUUUGUUUAGGCAAUGAUUUUACUAAAAUUUUUGAAAAUUUUAAACCAACAAUUUUCCAAUUAUUCAACUCUAAAUCAAAGAAUAAGAGAAGUGCUGCUGUUGGUGCUUUGUCUGAAAUUGUUUCUGGAUUAAAAGAGAGUAACACAUACACUCAAGAAAUGAUGGAAGCUUUAGUCAUUAAAUUGACCAGUGACAAGAGUCUAGAAGUUAGAGGCAAUGCUGCAUAUGGUGUUGGUUUAUUAAUUCAAUAUGCCACUUUCGACGUCAGUAGUAUAUAUGAACCUGUAUUGAAGGGCUUAUACCAGUUAUUAAGUAGUGCUGAUCAAAAAUCUGCUACUAUAGACGAUGGUAACGAUGAUACUAGAGACAAUAUUGAAGUGGCAUACGCUAAUGCAACUGGUUGUGUUGCCAGAAUGACUUUGAAACAUCAAAAUUUGAUUCCCUUAGAGCAUACAUUACCAGCUUUGUUAAGCCAUUUACCAUUGAAGACUGCAUUUGAAGAAUAUACUCCAAUUUUUGAAAUUAUUUUGAGAUUAUACUCUGAUAAUAAUGAAGUUAUUGUUAGCCAAACUCCAAAAAUUAUUGAAAUUUUUGCUGACGUUUUCAAGAAGGAAAACGAAAGAAUUCAAUUGGAAAAUGAAUCUACUUUAGGAAGAGAAGAAUAUAUUGAAAGGUUAAAACCAUUCAAAGAUGAUGAGAUUAAAGGUAAGGUCGUCGAAUUGCUAAGAUAUUUAAACACUAAAUAUGAUGGAAUUGUUUCUGGUAAUCAAGUUUUAGCUCCAGUAAUUGCUUAA